AGAUGCAGGCGGAGCGAGGAGCUCGGGGCGGCCGCGGCCGCCGGCCCGGCCGUGACCGGCCCUGCGGAGACCGCGACCGGGCGGGAGCCGCAGCGGCAGUGGCGAGAGGCGGCGGCGGCGGGGACAGUGGCGGCCGCCGGGGUCGCGGCCGGGGCUUCCGAGGCGGCCGCGGCGGCCGAGGAGGAGGCGCCCCGCGAGGCGGCCGCCGGGAGCCAGGAGGCCGGGGCGCCGGGGCCAGAGCGCCGGUUGAAGAUGACAGUGAUGCAGAGACCUAUGGAGAAGAGAAUGAGGAACAGGGAAAUUAUUCUAAAAGAAAGAUAGUCUCUAACUGGGAUCGAUAUCAAGAUAUUGAAAAAGAGGUCAAUAAUGAAAGUGGAGAAUCACAGAGGGGGACGGACUUCAGUGUUCUCCUCAGCUCAGCAGGGGACUCCUUCUCACAGUUCCGGUUUGUUGAGGAGAAAGAGUGGGAUGGUGAAGCUUCAUGUCCAAAACAGAACUCAGCAUUUUAUGUGGACUGUGAGUCACUGGUUCGAGCCCUUCAAGAACUGCCUCUCUCACUCCGACUCAAUGUUGCUGCCGAACUGGUCCAGACCACCCUUCCUUUAGAGCUUCCUCAGGUGAAACCAAAGAGAAAUGAGGAAGGCAAGGGACUGGGGAUGCGGUUAAAAGGGCCCCUGGGGCCUGGAGGAAAGGGCUCCAUCUCCGAGCUGAAAUCGGCUGCUGCUGGCUGCCCCACGUCCCUGGAUAAAGAUGGCCCAAGCCCCGCUCCCUCACAGGGUUCUCAGAAACCCAGCACCCCACUGCAGUCAGCAGCGGACCACUUGGAGGAAGAAUUAGACCUGCUGCUUAGUUUAGAUGCACCUGUGAGAGACGGAGAUGACAUCGCACCAGACCAGACCUCUCAGGACCAAGAAUCUGAGAAAGAUGGGAAGGUGGCCCAAGAAGAAAAAGGUCCUGCAGAGCUCUCUGUGAUGGAAGAAAAGAAUGUGGAAUCUGAGCAACCAUGUACAUCAAAAACUGUUACUGAGGAAGAGCUUGAAGACUGGUUGGACAGCAUGAUUUCCUAACAUGAAAGAAAAAGGAGGAAAAAAAAAAGUGCCUGAAGCAAAUUUUGAUUGCCUUGUCAGUAAGGGCGGGCCCAAGGCUGUCCUUCCAGAACAGCUGGUUUCUGAGCAUGCCCCGAGCCAGUGUGUUCUACCACGCUUGCCGCAGUAAACGCCUACCUCUGGCCCACGACAUCCGAAACUAUACAUCUAAGAGGCUCGUUGCAUUUGUUCUCUGGCUUAGCAAUCUAAUAGAUUCCUCGAGGGCAGGGGAUGUUAUGGUUCUUAUUUCCAGCCUCCUUCCUUUCCAUGUUUACAGCAGAGCAGGUGCUGCUGAUAGAAUAGCAACAAGGCAUGCAUUUGUGGCCAAAAUAAACAAACGCUGGUCUAUG